AGGCUGUCUCUAGGUGGGGUCAGAGUUGAAAUAGAAGCUCCAGAGCCGUGCACAGACAGGAAGAGAAGACCGAAGGUGUUACCAGAACAAACCUUUGUGACUGUUGCAGCAGUCGGGGAAAAAAAAAUUCCAGACUUUUGGAGACUUUGGAAGAAGAGUGAAAAAAAAAAAAAAAAAAAAAAAAACGCCGCACACCUGAGAAAACUAAAAAGAAAGUUGAAGGUUUUGGAGCCAGGUUCUGAAGGAACAUACAGCCUGGUCAUGGACAUCAUGGUGGAGAGAAAAACAGGCUUCUGCUUCUGUUACUCUGCAUCUGCAACGCCUCCUCUGCCUACCCUGUAAGACAGACAGGACCACCUCUACCUAUCGGUGAUUGGACAGGGUUUUAUCCCAUAACGUUACCUGACCACACAGGAGCGCUGAGGACUGUCCUCUACCCUCUGAGUGUAUACAACCACAACCCUCCAACACAGCCUGCCAUUGGCCAGAAUCCUCUAUCGAUGCCUGCCAUUGGCCAGAAUCCUCUAUCGAUGCCUGCCAUUGGCCAGAAUCCUCUAUCGAUGCCUGCCAUGGGCCAGAAUCCUCUAUCGAUGCCUACCAUUGGUCAGAAUCCUGUAUCGGAGCCUGCCAUUGGCCGGAAUCCUCUUCCACGUUCUGUAUCAGAGCCUGUGAUUGGUCAAAACCCUCUAUCGGUGCCUGUGAUUGGUCAGGAGAUGACUGUGUUUCAGACUCCCUCCCCUCCUCAGUUGAAAGAUACUGCGGACCCUGUAGAGGAAACUCCACUGGUGACAGAUCCACAGUCCCAGCUUCAGCCAUACUACCCACAGCCUUACCCCUACUACCCACUCACAACGCAGCUACUGCCCAACCUGGGAACCCUCACACCUGGGGAACAGGCACAGAUAAUGUCCAGGUUCCAUAUUAUUCCGGCGGUCUCUCAGGACGGCCGGACAGUUUUCCCCACCUGGCAGCUGAGCGGUGCCGUAGGAGGAGGAGCCCAGUCUCAGUCGUCGUCUCUGAGUUCUGAAGAGGAAGCUUCACCUCCUGUCGUCUACACCAGGGUGAUGCUGCCUCCAGUGAUCCCAGCGUACCAGAGCCAGGGGCUGAGUGUGGACCCGAACCCUGACCUUUCACCCUUAACCCUUGACCCCUUACCUCUGACCCCUGACCCCGGCCACGCCCACCUGGGGAACCCCCCGACUGAAGCCCCGAUGGCCUUGGGGGGGCAGGAGACCCCCAAACCUGAGGUGGGAGGUGCGGUAGGGGUACAGAUUGAGGGGGCCGUGGAGAAGGGGACAGAGGGGGGUGUAGGGGUGAGGGAGGGGGGAGGGAGUGGAGGUGCAGGUAACCCCUGGAGAAGAGCCCCCCAGUAAGGGGGACCCAAGCUUCUACCCAUUCUGAUCCUCGCCUCACCCAUCGCCUCACCCCCAGGCAGCUCCCCAGCCGAGCUAUGGGCGAUGGGAGGAGAGCCUGAGGAGGAGGGGGUCUCUCCCUCUCCUACCCCUCUCCCUCUUCUUCUCUCUCCCUCUCCUACCUCUCUCCCCCUCCUCCCCGCUAACUCUCCUCCUCUCUCCCUCUCCUCCUCUCCUCCUCUCUCCCUCU